GCCACUCAAGAGCGUUGAGGAUCCGUGUGCGGCUCACACUCUCGAGGAAAGCUUCAACCUUAAUCCGCUCGCACUCUCUCUGUGCCUGGCAACCUCAGGCGUAGAGUGUCCCCAGUCGACAGGGUUGUCUGCCAGUGCGGGGCCUGGACGCCAGCCCUCUCGUGCUCUGAAAGCAUCACUCAGAACGCGUCGAGUAGUCUCAAUGAUCCGAUUGGGCUUGCACCCGAGCUGCUCGUCGUCGCUCGUGCUACCUUCGCGCUACUGAAAAGUUAGCCUCUCGGAGCGUUGCCCCAUUGACCAUGGACCGCUUCUGAGUCCGGCCGACUCCAUGGUGCACGGCUGUCCGAUACGCUCCGCGGUCCAUCUCCAUGGCAUCCUUGGAUCACCAGCCGGAUCUACUCUCGAGUGCUAGCGAUCAGAGGAGGGAGAAACACUUGGAGGAGGGCCCAGCAGUGCGCCAGAACAACCGGCCUUCAAAUUCAUGCGUUGGCACUCCUUCUCGCGCUUCACUGGGACGCCGUGCACGAGUUCUAGGGAAGAGCAUGGCGUCCCAGGAGUGACGAAGCGCUCCUACGAAGCGGUCUCCUUCGAAACGGCGCGUCUUUUUGCUCGCGAGACGCUAAACAACCGUGACGGACGCAGUUCUGGAAAA